AUGCCGCCUCCGCCCACCCUUCUGGGCGCUCUCUCGGCACAGGCGGACUUCGCCUUGGAAGCCUUAGCCAAGGCCUCCUACGAGCGCCUGUUCCGCUGGCUCGUGCUGCGACUCAACCGGGCCCUGGACCGCAGUCCGCGCCAGGGGGCCUCCUUCCUGGGCAUUCUGGACAUCGCGGGCUUUGAGAUCUUCCAACUGAACUCCUUCGAGCAGCUGUGCAUCAACUACACGAACGAGAAGCUGCAGCAGCUCUUCAACCACACCAUGUUCGUGCUGGAGCAGGAGGAGUACCAGCGCGAGGGCAUCCCCUGGACCUUCCUGGACUUCGGCCUCGACCUGCAGCCCUGCAUCGACCUCAUCGAGAGGCCUGCAAACCCCCCGGGGCUCCUGGCCCUGCUGGACGAGGAGUGCUGGUUCCCCAAGGCCACGGACAAGUCCUUCGUGGAGAAGGUGGCCCAGGAGCAGGGCGGCCACCCCAAGUUCCAGCGGCCGCGGCAGCUGCGGGACCAGGCCGACUUCAGUGUGCUGCACUACGCGGGGAAGGUGGACUACAAGGCCAACGAGUGGCUCAUGAAGAACAUGGACCCCCUGAACGACAGCGUGGCCGCCCUCCUGCACCAGAGCACCGACAAGCUCACAGCCGAGAUCUGGAAGGACGUGGAGGGCAUCGUGGGCCUGGAGCAGGUGAGCAGCCUCGGGGACGGGGGCGCACCUGGAGGGCGCCCCCGCCGGGGCAUGUUCCGGACGGUGGGCCAGCUGUACAAGGAGUCCCUGAGCCGUCUCAUGGCCACGCUGAGCAACACCAACCCCAGCUUUGUGCGCUGCAUCAUCCCCAACCACGAGAAGAGGGCAGGGAAGCUGGAGCCCAGGCUGGUGCUGGACCAGCUGCGCUGUAACGGGGUGCUGGAGGGGAUCCGCAUCUGCCGCCAGGGCUUCCCCAACCGGAUCCUGUUCCAGGAGUUCCGGCAGAGGUACGAGAUCCUGACCCCCAACGCCAUCCCCAAGGGCUUCAUGGACGGGAAACAGGCCUGCGAGAAGAUGAUCCAGGCCCUGGAGCUCGACCCCAACCUGUACCGCGUGGGCCAAAGCAAAAUCUUCUUCCGGGCCGGCGUCCUGGCGCAGCUGGAGGAGGAGCGGGACCUCAAGAUCACCGACAUCAUCGUGUCCUUCCAGGCGGCAGCCCGGGGCUACCUGGCCCGGAGGGCCUUCCACCGGCGGCAGCAGCAGCAGAGCGCGCUGCGCGUGAUGCAGAGGAACUGCGCGGCCUACCUCAAGCUCCGCCACUGGCAAUGGUGGCGCCUCUUUACCAAGGUGAAGCCGCUUCUUCAGGUGACCCGCCAGGACGAGGUCCUCCAGGCCCGGGCCCAGGAGCUGCAGAAAGUGCAAGAGUUACAGCAGCAGAGUGCUCGCGAGCUGGGCGAGCUCCAGAGCCGCGUGGUCCAGCUGGAGGAGGAGAGAGCCCGGCUCUCGGAGCAGCUGCGAGCCGAGGCCGAGCUGUGUGCCGAGGCCGAGGAGACUCGGGGCCGCCUGGCCGCCCGGAAGCAGGAGCUGGAGAGAGUGGUGGGCAUGCUGGAGGCCCGGGUGGGCGAGGAGGAGGAGCGGGGAGCGCAGCUGGAGACGGACAAGAGGCGGCUGCAGCAACACGUGCAGGAGCUGGAGCAGCACCUGGAGGCGGAGGAGGGCGCCCGGCAGAAGCUGCAGCUGGAGAAGGUGACCACCGAGGCGCGGCUGAAGAAGAUGGAGGAAGACCUCCUGCUGCUGGAGGACCAGAACGCCAAGCUGGGCAAGGAGCGGCGGCUGCUGGAGGAGCGUCUGGGGGAGUUCUCCUCCCAGGCGGCGGAGGAGGAGGAGAAGGUCAAAAGCCUCAAUAAGCUCCGGCACAAAUACGAGGCCAUGAUGGCCGACAUGGAAGAGCGGCUCAAGCUGGAGGAGAAGAGCCGCCAGGAGCUGGAGAAGACCAAGCGGAGGCUGGACGGGGAGAGCUCCGAGCUGCAGGAGCAGGUGUCCGAGCAGCAGCACCGGGCGGAGGAGCUCCGCGCCCAGCUGGGCCGCAAGGAGGAGGAGCUCCAGGCCGCCCUGGCCAGGGCCGAGGAGGAGGGCGGGGCCCGGGCCUCGCUGCUCAAGUCUCUCCGGGAGGCCCAGGCAGGGCUGGCGGAGGCCCAGGAGGACCUGGAGGCCGAGCGGGCGGCGCGGACCAAAGCCGAGAAGCAGCGCCGAGACCUGGGGGAGGAGCUGGAGGCCCUGCGGGGGGAGCUCGAGGACACCCUGGACUCCACCAAUGCGCAGCAGGAGCUCCGGACCAAGCGGGAGCAGGAGGUGUCCGAGCUGAAGCGGGCCCUGGAGGAGGAGACUCGCAGCCAUGAGGCAGCAGUGCAGGAGCUGCGGCAGCGUCAUGGCCAGGCGCUGGGCGAGCUGGGCGAGCAGCUGGAGCAGGCCCGGCGGGGCAAGGGUGCUUGGGAGAAGGCCCGCCUGGCCCUGGAAGCCGAGGUCACUGAGCUCCGUGCAGAGUUGGCGAGCCAGCAAUCCUCCCGGCAAGAGGGAGAACAGAGACGCCGGCGCCUUGAGGCACAGCUGCAAGAGCUGCAGGCCCGGGCAGGCGAGGGCGAGCGGGCACGGGCUGAGGCGGCAGACAGGUUACAGAGAAGCCAGGCAGAGCUGGACAGCGUCUCGGGGGCCCUGAGUGAGGCUGAGUCCAAGGCGAUCCGCCUGAGUAAGGAGCUAAGCAGCGCUGAGGCCCAGCUCCACGAUGUCCAGGAACUCCUGCAGGAAGAGACGCGGGCCAAGCUGGCCCUGGGCUCCCGCGUCCGAGGGCUGGAGAGCGAGGCUGCCGGGCUCCGGGAACAGCUGGAAGAGGAGGCGACAGCCAGGGAGCGCGCUGGGAGGGAGCUGCAGACGGCCCAGGCCCAGCUGUCGGAGUGGCGCAAGCGGCAAGAAGAGGAGGCGGGAGCCCUGGAGGCUGGGGAGGAGGCCCGCCGCAAGGCGGCCCGAGAGGCCGAGGCCUUGGCUCAGAGGCUGGCGGAGAAGAUGGAGGCGGCCGAGCGGCUGGAGCGGGGCCGGCGACAGCUGCAGCAGGAGCUGGACGAUGUCACUAUGGACCUGGAGCAGCAGCGGCACCUGGUCGGCAGCCUGGAGAAGAAGCAGAGGAAGUUCGACCAGCUCCUGGCAGAGGAGAAGGCUGUUUCCCAGCGGGCAGUGGAGGAGCGGGAGCGGGCCGAAGCCGAGGGCAGAGAGCGAGAGGCCCGAGCCCUGGCUCUGGCCCGGGCCCUGGAAGAGGAGCGGGAGGCCCGGGAGGAGCUGGAGCGGCAGAACCGGGCCCUACGGGCGGAGCUGGAGGAGCUGCUGAGCAACAAGGACGACGUGGGCAAGAGCGUGCACGAGAUGGAGAGAGCCCGCCGGGCGGCGGAGCAGGCUGCUGCGGACUUGCGCACGCAGGUGACGGAGCUGGAAGAUGAGCUGAUGGCGGCCGAGGACGCCAAGCUGCGGCUGGAGGUGACCGCCCAGGCCCUGAAGGCCCAGCACGAGCGGGAGUUGCAGGGCCGAGACGAGGCCGGUGAGGAGAGGAGGCGGCUGCUGGCCAAGCAGUUACGCGACGCGGAGGUAGAGAGGGAUGAAGAGCGCAAGCAGAGGGCAGCAGCGUUGGCGGCCCGCAAGAAGGCCGAGCAAGAGCUGGAGGAGCUGAAGGCCCAGGCAGCCUCAGCCGGCCAGGGCAGGGAGGAGGCGGCGAAGCAGCUGCGCAAGACGCAGGCCCAGAUGAAGGAACUCUGGCGAGAGGUGGAAGAAUCUCGAACCUCCCGGGAGGAAAUCUUUGCCCAGAACCGGGAGAAUGAGAAGAGGCUCAAAGGCCUUGAGGCUGAGCUGCUGCGGCUGCAGGAGGAGCUCGCGGCCUCUGACCGGGCCCGGCGCCAGGCGCAACAGGAUCGGGACGACAUGGCGGACGAGGCAGCCAGCGGGAACCUGGCCAAGGCAGCCCUCCUGGAAGAGAAGCGCCAGCUCGAGGGGCGCCUGGGCCAAGUGGAGGAGGAGCUGGAAGAGGAGCAUGGGAAUCUGGAGCUGCUGAAUGACCGCUACCGCAAGCUGCUGCUGCAGGUGGAGUCACUGACCACUGAGCUUUCUGCCGAGCGGAGCUUCUCAGCCAAGGCAGAGAGUGGGCGGCAGCAGCUGGAGCGGCAGAUUCAGGACCUGCGGGGCCGCCUGGGAGAGGAGGACGCUGGGGCCAAGGCCCGCCACAAGAUGCUCAUUGCGGCCCUCGAGUCCAAGCUGGCCCAGGCUGAGGAGCAGCUGGAGCAGGAGAGCAGGGAGCGCAUCCUCUCCGGGAAGCUGGUUCGAAGGGCCGAGAAGCGCCUGAAGGAGGUGGUUCUACAGGUGGAUGAGGAGAGGAGGGUGGCCGACCAGCUCCGGGACCAGCUGGAGAAGGGGAACCUGCGGCUGAAGCAGCUGAAACGACAGCUGGAGGAGGCCGAGGAAGAGGCCUCCAGAGCCCAGGCUGGCCGGCGGCGGCUGCAGCGGGAGCUGGACGAUGUCACCGAGUCGGCGGAGUCCAUGAAUCGGGAGGUCACCACCCUGAGGAACCGGCUUCGGCGAGGGCCGCUCACCUUCACCACCAGGACGGUCCGUCAGGUCUUCCGCCUGGAGGAAGGGGUCGCCUCCGACGAGGAGGAAGAAGAGGCAGAAGGAGGCGGCGCUGGCCCUCCCGCAGCCCCAGAAGCCGACGGCCCCCCGCAGCCCCAGCCGCAGUGACCGCUCCUUCACGCUCUGCUGCGCGGGCCCCUCCCCCCUGCCUUCCUGCACUUUGGAGCCCCUGGUGCCCACCCCGGGCUCUCUGAGCACUUAGCCGAGCCCCUCCCCCAACUCCCCCCCCCCGACGUGGGGCCGGGCGCAGGCUCGGGAGGAGGGGCUUCCCCCCCCUUCCUCUGCCCCUGCGCUUGGCUCUCUGCCCACUCUCCGCUCAGAAUCAUCUCCCUCGGGUCUCCCCUUGGCCCUCCGCUGUCUCUUCCGCCUUAGCGCGGUGCCCGGCACAUAGUAAGUGCUUAAGGCUGCCGGUUCUCCUCUCUCCCUUCUCCCGUCUCCGCUCUCCGACCCGGCCCCGCUCCUUUCUUCCUUCCCGGCCUCGCCCUCUUCCCGCCGCCGCCUUCCUGGGCUCCUUCGCGGCUCUUCUCUUGCCAGCAUCCUCGCCCGCCUCCCGCCCGGCCUCCCCAUUGGCCCAGCCCGCGCCUCGGCGGCUUCCGUGUGACUUGGGCGGGAGUUUCAGGCUCGGCGAGAGCCUCGUAGCGCGCGGCCGGCCCCCCCCCCGCCCCCGCCCCCUCGGAAAUAAACUUCAGAGCGCCCCCC